CGUCCGAUGAAAAACAGACGGCCCUGAUAACACAUAGAAUAAGUAAUUGUAUUUCUCACCUAAUGUUUUGACAAUUUCCCUAAGCCAGAUAAAACACUUAAAAAUUGUUGACAAAUAUAUUGUCAUUGAUCUAGAGUCCACCCUGAAUUCCAUAAAACCAUCAGAUGCCUCACAUGGCAACCUAAGCUAGCUGCCAACAUCAGCAGAUCUGCUUCUUAUAACCUUCCCCAACCUCUCCUCCCCUUCCUCUACUCUUCCAUUUAAGUACUCCAUGUUUCAGUUAGUGCUAGUCUGUUACUAGUGUUAGUGUUAGCCUCUCUCCCUCCCUCUCACACACUGUUCACUAACCCAAUCACUAGGCAGCUCAGCUCAGCUCAUUUCAUUCUGAGUCUCAGCUCAGCUCAAGCAAAGUAAGCAAGAAGAUUAGAAGAAGAGGAGGAAAAAUUAAUUGGGGUGAGUUUGAUGACGACGCUACCCACCGCGAUUCUACUCCUCCUCCUCCUCCUCGCGCUGCCGCCGCCGUCCGCCGUCGUCGCGCUCACCGCCGACGGCCUCGCGCUGCUGGCGCUCAAGGCGGCGGUCACCGACGACCCGCUGUCGGUGCUGUCGUCGUGGUCGGAGUCCGACCCCGACCCCUGCCGGUGGCCCGGGGUGACGUGCUCCAACGUGACGGCGGCGGGCGGCGAGCCGCGGCGGCGGGUGGUCGGGGUGGCGCUCGCCGGGAAGAACCUGUCCGGGUACAUCCCGUCGGAGCUCGGCUCGCUGCUGUUCCUCCGGCGGCUGAACCUGCACGACAACCGGCUCGCCGGCGGCGUCCCGGCGGCGCUGUCGAACGCGUCGUCGCUGCACUCGCUGUUCCUCUACGGGAACCGGCUCACCGGCGCCCUCCCCGCCGCGCUCUGCGACAUCCCGCGGCUGCAGAACCUCGACGUGUCGAGGAACGCGCUGUCCGGGGGGCUCCCCGGCGACCUCCGGAACUGCCGGAGCCUGCAGCGGCUCAUCCUCGCCGGGAACUCGUUCUCCGGCGAGGUGCCGGCGGGGAUCUGGGCCGAGAUGGCCAGCCUCCAGCAGCUGGACAUUUCGUCGAACGGGUUCAAUGGCUCCAUCCCGGCCGACCUCGGCGAGCUCCCGAGGCUCGCCGGCACGCUCAACCUGUCGCACAACCGGUUCUCCGGCGUCGUCCCGCCGGAGCUGGGGCGGCUGCCGGCGACCGUCACGCUCGACCUCCGCUUCAACAACCUCUCCGGCGCCAUCCCGCAGACGGGCUCGCUCGCCAGCCAGGGCCCAACCUCCUUCCUCAACAACCCCGGCCUCUGCGGCUUCCCUCUCCAGGUCCCCUGCCGCGCCGUCCCGCCGCCGACGCAGUCGCCACCGGCACCGACGACCACGACGACCACGACCACCCCAUCGUCGGCUUCCGCCGCCGCCGCGGCGGCAUCGGAACACCACCAACCGAUCAGGACCAGCCUGAUCGCCCUCAUCUCCAUCGCCGACGCCGCCGGCGUCGCCCUCGUCGGCGUCAUCCUAGUCUACGUCUACUGGAAGGUCAAGGAUCGCAAGAAACAAGGCCGCUCCUCCACCGUCGCCGCCGGUGACGAGAACGAAAGCCGCCACGGGCUCUGCCGCUGCAUAUGGGGUCACCGGGGCGUCGACUCCGACACCGACACCGACGACUCGUCGGCGUCGGAGAACGGCGGCGGCGGAGGGAAGUACGGCGAGGGGGAGCUGGUGGCGAUCGACAGGGGGUUCAGGGUGGAGCUGGACGAGCUGCUCCGGUCGUCGGCGUACGUGCUGGGGAAGGGAGGGAAGGGGAUCGUGUACAAGGUGGUGGUCGGCAACGGCGCGACGCCGGUGGCGGUGCGGCGGCUGGGCGGCGGCGGUGGAGGCGGGGAGCGGUGCAAGGAGUUCGCGGCGGAGGCGCGGGCUGUGGGGCGGGCGCGCCACCCCAACGUGGUGCGGCUGCGCGCGUACUACUGGUCCGCCGACGAGAAGCUCGUCGUCACCGACUUCGUCGGCAACGGCAACCUCGCCGCCGCGAUGCGUGGUCGUCCGGGUCAAACACCCCUGUCGUGGUCAACGCGGCUGAAGAUCGCGAGGGGCGCGGCGCGCGGCCUCGCGUACCUCCACGAGUGCAGCCCGCGGCGGUUCGUCCACGGCGAGGUCAAGCCGUCCAACAUCCUCCUCGACGCCGACUUCACCCCGCGCGUCGCCGACUUCGGCCUCGCCCGCCUCCUCGCCGUCGCCGGAUGCGCCGACGACGUCGUCGACGCGCCCCCGGCGGCGCCGUCGUCGGGCGGCCUGCUCGGCGGCGCCAUACCGUACGCGGCGAAGCCGGCGUCGUCCGUGGCGGCGGAUCACCGCGGCGGCGGGUACCGCGCGCCCGAGGCGCGGACGGCGGGGGCGCGGCCGGCGCAGAAGUGGGACGUGUUCUCGUUCGGCGUGGUGCUGAUGGAGCUCCUGACGGGGCGCGGCCCCGGCGACCACGCGUCGCCGUCGACAUCGGCGUCGUUCUCGGCGCCGUCGUCGUCGUCGGCGGCGACGACGGACCGGUCAGGGAGCGGCGAGCACGGGCACGGCGCCGGCGUCGGCGGCGCAGUGGUGCCGGAGGUGGUGCGGUGGGUGCGGCGCGGGUUCGAGGAGGAGGCGCGGCCGGUGUCGGAGAUGGUGGACCCGGCGCUGCUCCGGGACGCGCCGCCGCUGCCGAAGAAGGAGGUGGUGGCGGCGUUCCACCUCGCGCUCGCCUGCACCGAGCUCGACGCCGACCUCCGCCCCAGGAUGAAGGCCGUCGCCGACACCCUCGACAAGAUCGCCUCCUCAUGAUCGAUCGAUCGAGCGAGCUACCAACCGAUGCAGAUCAGAGCUCCAUUGCGAAAUCUUCUUCUUCUUCUUCUUCUUCUUCUUCUUCUUCUUCUUCUUCUUCUUCUUCUUCUUCUUCUUCUUCUUCUUCUUUCUUGCGCAAAAUGUGAAUUGAUCAUCACAAGAUCAUGCUUGUCCGAGAAAUCAUUUUCUUUCUCCUUUUUUUGGGUUCUUGGAAAUAUUUUUCCGAGCUUUUUUUUUCUUGAAACUUGUAAGUGGUGGUUUUUUUGGGUGGCUGCUAUUCUUUUGGAUGGAAUUGAUCAAAUCAUUUUGAGAUGAUAUAUAUAUAUAGGGUAUAUAGGAGGGAAGUAGAUAAUCAAGUUGUUUGUUGUAAGUUCUA